CUUUGAAACCUCUCUUCAUAAUCCCUCUUCUAAGCAUGGCUUCCUUACUUAAUACCGGGGCUAUGCCCUCAGAUCAGCCUGGCUACUCGUUCACAAACUCUGCCGCUGCCACUGAGGCGGCCGGAACCAAGCAACACGCUUUCUCCCCAUACACAGAUAAUGGUGGCUCGACGUUAGGAAUCACUGGUGCCGAUUUUGCUAUCCUCGCUGGUGAUACGCGAUCGACCUCCGGCUACAACAUCAACACCCGCUACGAACCCAAGCUCUUUCGGAUUGGAGAUGAAGAAGACUCAUCACGCAUCGUUUUGUCAGUUGUUGGGUUUGCUGCAGAUGGACAUGCUUUGAAAGAACGGCUAGAUGCGAUUGCAAAGAUGUACAAGUAUCAACAUGGCAAGUCCAUGAGUGUCAAGGCAUGUGCACAGCGGCUAUCCACGAUCCUCUACCAGAAACGAUUCUUUCCAUACUACGUCCACGCAAUCCUCGGCGGUCUAGAUGAGGAUGGGAAGGGAGCAUUGUACAGCUACGAUCCGGUUGGCAGCUACGAGCGAGAACAGUGUCGAGCAGCCGGUGCCGCGGCAAGUCUGAUCAUGCCUUUCCUGGAUAACCAGGUCAACUACAAAAAUCAAUAUAUCCCAGCCUCGGGAUAUGGACACGAAUUGCAACAAAGACAAGUCGAGACUCUGCCCAAAGACGUGGUGGUGGGACUGGUCAAGGAUGCUUUCACGAGCGCCACUGAGCGACACAUUGAAGUUGGUGAUGGUCUUCAGAUGUUCAUCAUUACGAAGGAUGGGGUUCAAGAGACAUUCACCCCUCUCAAGAGGGACUAGACCAGGUUAGAAAAGGUACUGGCUUCUGGUGGCGUUGUCAUUGUAUGCAUGGUAUGGCGAACGGGAAACUGGCCAAUUCAGUAUUGAUUGGUCUUCAUAUCUGUCUCAUGCUUUCUACGCUUUUUUGAUCCUACCCAAGCAUGGAAUAUUGUAGUUUACUGAUGUCCUCGUACUACCAAAGCACAAAACCCUCUGUAACGCCAUCUUUCACCCGUCA